AUGAGAGCACUGAUGAGAGCAACUGUGCUCCUGAGCCCGCUCCUCCUCUGCGACGCUUUUCUGGACCUGACUGGUCCCAGUGAGAUCAAAGGCACAUGGAAGGGACCUACCACCUUGCCAUGUGCCUACGUGCCCGUGAAGGACUUUGUGCAGCAAACGCUUACAUGGAUGGUGGUACAUGACCACAGUUCCGGCACUGUCUUUCGAAGGGAUGUCUCUGGUGACCAUGUUCUCCUGUCAGAGUACAGGGACAGGGUCAGUGUCCAGAAGGACACACCAGGAAAUGUGUCUCUGCACAUCCUGGACCUGGAGAUGUCUGACAGCGGAACCUACACUUGCCAGGUCACCUGGAGAACCAGCAACAACAGCCUGAUAACAAAACAGAUCAACACUAAAGUGAAGGUUCUUAAAG